CACAGUGAAUACCUACCUCUUCAUGGUGCAGGCUCAAAGCAUCUUGCUUCGGGACAAUGUGAGGACCAUUGGUGCCCAGGUGUAUGAACAGGUGGUCCGUAGCGCCUAUGCCAAGAGGAACAGCAGCCUGAAUGACUCUGAUUAUCCUCUGGACUUGAACCACAGUGAAGCCUUCCCCCCAACCACGACAUUUCUUCCUGAAGAUUUUACCUACUUUGCCAACCACCCUUGCCCAGAGAGGCUCCCUUCCAUGAAGGGCCCAAUAGACAUAAACAUGAGUGAGAUCAGAAUGGACGAUAUUCACGAGCUCUUCUCCAGAGACCCAGCCAUCAAGCUUGGAGGCCACUGGAAGCCUUCCGACUGUGUGCCUCGAUGGAAGGUGGCCAUCCUCAUUCCCUUCCGGAACCGCCAUGAGCACCUCCCAGUCCUCCUACGACACCUGAUCCCCAUGCUUCAGCGCCAGCGCCUGCAGUUUGCCUUCUAUGUGGUUGAGCAAGUUGGCACCCAGCCCUUUAACCGAGCCAUGCUUUUCAAUGUUGGCUUUCUAGAAGCCAUGAAGGACUUGGAUUGGGACUGCCUGAUUUUUCAUGAUGUGGAUCACAUACCUGAGAGUGACCGCAACUACUAUGGCUGCGGACAGAUGCCCAGGCACUUCGCAACCAAACUGGACAAAUACAUGUACCUGCUUCCCUAUGCAGAGUUUUUUGGUGGAGUGAGUGGCCUGACUGUAGAACAGUUUCAGAAAAUCAAUGGCUUUCCUAAUGCCUUCUGGGGCUGGGGCGGAGAAGAUGACGAUCUGUGGAACAGGGUACAAAAUGCAGGUUAUUCUGUGAGUCGGCCGGAAGGGGACACAGGAAAAUACAAGUCCAUUCCUCACCACCAUCGAGGAGAAGUCCAGUUUCUUGGAAGGUACGCUCUUCUGAGGAAGUCAAAGGAGCGGCAAGGGCUAGAUGGCCUCAACAACCUGAACUACUUUGCAAACAUCACAUACGACGCCUUGUAUAAAAACAUAACUGUCAACUUGACACCCGAGCUGGCUCAGGUGACUGAGUACUGAGAUGUGGAGAGAAGCUGUGUCCGCCUACCCACCAACCCCUCAGAAGCGCUGUGAUGCGCCAUCCUGGGGGUCAUCACAGAACGAGGACAGA